AUGAUCUGCGGCCAGCCCCGCAAGACCUGCAUGGCGCACACUGCCUGCUCCCUGCUGUCCCUGCUCAGUCCGCACAACCCUCUGAGCCCGAAUCGGUACGCGGGUCACUAUGAGAAGCGAAUCCUCGUUAACACGAACUCGCCCCUACCUAGUACCAUGCCAGAAGCCAUGGCCAACUGUCGUAUAUCAACUUCACUAUCGUAUAUCAACGUCACUAUCGUAUAUCAACGUCACUAUCGUAUAUCAACACUCUGCUCCCACCUUGCAUCGAAAUUCGAAGACGAACCACAAGAACCGGCACCGCUGCACUCGGGGUAUAUUGGCUGCAGGAAAGAUAAUGGAGACCAACAACCAAUGCCCCGCAGACCCAACACUAACGCCAGCCUAAGAUGCGUAAACUGCGGUCCGCUGUACAGGAAAGUCUGGCCAGCUGCUUCAGCAUCUCUAAACUGGCUUUUGGAGAGAGCGCGAGCACUACAGGCCGGCCGUUGGAACUCAGAUCAUAUCGAGCCCAAUCUCGCCAGCACGAAUGCAAACCUGAAAUGGAGAACGCAGGCCGACGGCACUCAUACCGUGGCCGCCGCGGGCAUACAGCUCCGCCGCGUCAACGACAGCGGAUUUUGUACUGGUGCACAAUGA